GAGUGCGCGCCUCAAUGAACUGGAUUCCCACUCUCUACGCAGUGUAGGAUAUGUCCACAAACGACAAUUGGUGUUUAAUUGAAAGUGACCCUGGGGUGUUUAGUGAAUUAAUCAAGGGUUUUGGCGUGGAGAGUUUGGAGUGUGAAGAGGUCUAUGAUCUAUAUGAAACAAGCAGCGUUUCGGAUGCAUAUGGAUUUAUUUUCCUAUUUAGUUACGAUGACAAGCAGGAAGAUAUGGGGAAAGUGAUUCUUGAUGAAAACAACAAAGGCAUAUUUUUUGCUAAACAAACUAUUUCUAAUGCGUGUGCAACACAAGCCAUAAUUAAUAUUUUGUUAAAUAUCGAUGAUAAGGUCCCCAUAGGCCCAACUUUAGCCCAAUUCAAGGCAUUCGUAUCGGACUUUGACAGUACGAUGAAAGGUGCAGCUAUGAGCAACUCUGAUCAAAUUAGGCUUGUACAUAACAGUUUUAGCAAUUACCAGUUAUUCGAGUUUGACGAGAAAGCACCGAAGUCUAGUGAAGACGUCUAUCAUUUUGUCGGUUAUCUGCCAAUAAAUGGUACUUUAUAUGAACUAGAUGGACUUAAACCUGGUCCGAUAGAUCAUGGGAGAGUGCCUGAAAACUCAUCAUGGAUUGACACACUACGCCCACUGUUAAUGAAACGCAUGGAAAAGUGCGUGGAUGGGAAGUUCAAUAUAAUGGCAGUUGUCCCAAAUCGUUUAGCAAUGUACGAGAGUCAGUUGGCUCGAGUUAAAGGAGAACCAAACGAUCCACCGUCAGCAUACAUAACAGAUUUAAAAAAUAAUAUUGCCAAUGAAAAGAAGAAAAUUUCAGCUCAGCGUGCAGAAAAUAUUCGUCGCAGACACAACUAUCUACCUUUGAUAGUUGAGCUGCUGAAGUUAUUAGGAGAAAAUGGUCAAUUGGUCGGUUUUGUCGAAAAGGCUCGGAAAGCAGCUGAAGAAAGAAAUGCUUUGCAUGCUUCAAAAAAAGUAAAGUUCACUUGAUAACUCGAAAUUUAUGUACAAAACCAGCAAAUACAUUACGGGGAUUUUAUGCAC